UUAAGAUAGAUGCACACAGCAGGGUUAUCAGAGAACCUACAGGGGAAGACUCAAACACGCUGCUCAGAGAGUCAUCAGCAUCUGCAAGAUCCACGAUGGCUAUGGUUUGUGCAUUCCUCACGAUUCUGGUAGUUAUGAGCCACUGGUCAACCUGCUGUCUAGGAUGUGACCUGCCUCGCACUCAUAACCUCACAGUCCUGAAACAAAUGAGUCGACAGUCCCCUGUCUCCUGCCUGAAGGACAUAAAAUACUUUGAACUCCCUUUGGAGAAGGUGGAUGCCCAGCAGAUCCAGAAGUCUCAAGCCAUGUCUGUCCUGCAAACUCUGACUCAGCAGGUCCUGACCCUCUUCGAAUCAGAGGAGUCACGUGCUGCUUGGAAUGAAACCCUCCUAUUGUCAUUCUGCAAAUACCUCUACCAGCAGCUCAAAGAUCUUGAAGCCUGUCAGAAUCAGCAGGUUGGAGUGCAGGAAGUUCCCUUGACCCAGGAACCCUCCUGGCUGGCUGUGAGGGAAUACUUCGGCAGGAUCACCAUGUACCUGAAACAGAAGAAACACAGCCCCUGUGCCUGGGAAGUGGUUAGAGUAGAAGUCGGGAGAGCCCUGAUUUAUUCAGAUAUGUUCCUGGCAAAACUGAGUGAAAAGAAGGAAUGA